GUAAAUUUAUACGCUUUGUUGAUGUGUCGAGGCGGUCUGCGAAGAGUGUCUGCAGAAAUUAUUAAAUUAUUGUUAAAAUUUAAAUAAAAUCAGAUUAUAUAUGCUCUCGUUAAGUCUGUCUUCCUAGUUCACCUUUUCUUGUCUUCGGUGUCUAUUCUGCAAGCCCCGAAAGUGGCAAUUGUUCAAUCGGCAUGUCGAAACGAACGGCGGAUGAUUCCGCCGGAGGGGGUGCCACUCCCGGCAGCGGUGGCGGUGCUCCGCCGCCCAUUAAGAAGGUUCACUUCGAACCGCACUUGAUCGGACCGAUCUCCACCCUGGAGGAAAUGGACAUUAAAGUGCUCCAGUUUCAGAACAAGAAACUGGCCCAACGCAUCGAACAGCGGGUCCGAUGCGAGGCGGAACUCCGCCAACGGAUCGAGCAGCUGGAAAAACGUCAAACACAGGACGAUGCCGUGCUGAAUGUGGUGAAUCGAUACUGGAACCAACUGAACGAGGACAUCCGCGUGUUGCUGCAGCGGUUUGACGCCGAAACGGCCGACGAAUCGGAGAAUAAGAACGAAAACGAAGUAACAACUUCCUUCUUGAUGCAACUAUCUACGUGGGACAAGGAGGAGCUGGACGACAAGCUGGCCAACCGAGUGCAGGUGUCGAAGCGUGCGGUAGCGAAAAUUGUUCAGGUAUUCGACCGGCUUAUGCAGCGAAACGAGAAGAUUACGUUCGCCAUGAAGGGCGAAUCGGAUGAUCCGGAAGCUAACGUGCCGGACAUUGAUGAAACGCUGCGACAGAGCUACACUGAGGUGAUGGCCGAGAAUCGAAAUCUGCAGACUCAGAACACGUUACUGCAUGGGAAGUUUCACACCAUUUCGCUGAAGAUGAGUGAAAUCCAGGACGUACUAAAUGGGAAGGAAACGGAGUCAGCUGAGUUGAAAAAUCAAAUCGAUGACUUGCAGUACGAGCUGGAGAAGGUUCGCUGCAGAAAUGAUAAGUUGGAGAAUCAUUUAGCGGAGGCCAUUGAGAAAUUGAAAGCCUAUCAUCAACUGCAUGGGGAUAUUUCCAGUUCGGACAAGGACAAGCAUUCUUCGUCGACUUCCAGUAGCGCCAAAGGGGGUUCUAUGACCAGCGUAGCCGCGCAGCACUUAGAGGAUUUGCAGAAAGAACUCGAGGAGUACAAAGAGCUAGCCAACAAUCGACUUCAGGAGCUAGACAAGAUACAUCUGCAGCAUCGAGAGGCACUAAAAGAGGUAGAGAAAUUGAAAAUGGACAUCCGCCAGCUGCCGGAAUCCGUAAUUGUCGAAACGACAGAGUACAAAUGUCUCCAGUCGCAAUUCUCGGUGUUAUACAAUGAAUCAAUGCAAAUCAAAACUCUUUUGGACGAAAGCCGCAACCAAUUGCAGACGAGCAAGAAUCAACAUUUGCGGCAGAUCGAGAUGAUGGAGAGCGAAGAGCUGAUUGCUCAGAAGCGUGUCCGCAGUGACAUGAUUCAGAUGGAGGAUGUGCUGUCACAGAUUCGCAAGGAGUAUGAGAUGUUGCGAAUUGAGUUUGAACAGAACAUGGCAGCAAACGAACAGACGGCACCCAUUAAUCGAGAAAUGCGCCAUUUAAUAACCUCUUUACAGAAUCAUAACGGUCAGUUGAAGGGCGAAGUGCAGCGUUACAAGAAAAAGUAUAAGGAAGUGUCGGCUGAUAAUGUUAAACUCAGGAAAGAGCUCGAGGAUGUGACACUGAAAUUGACAACUUUGCAGGAGCAACAACAAGCGGAUUUAAAGAAGGAAAACGAGCAAGCUGCUGCGGCUGCCGGUGUCAAAGAGGAGCCCGGAGCGUGUGAUGGGUUAGGCUUGGUGAAAGAUGAAAAUCCCGAUGAUCCCGGUAUGGGGGCGAUCAAAUCAGAAUCCGGCGAAGAAGGGGAUGGUAACGACCCGAAUGGUGUUAAAAAAGAGGAAAUUGGUCCAGAUGGGAAGCCGAUUAAAUCGGAAGCACCGGGAACACCGAAAGGCGACAAGGACCAGCGUGCCAAAUGUGCGGAGUCUGAUUUGGUGCGAGAUCUGCGAAAUCAAAUCAAAAAAGCUUUGAACGAUCAGAAAGAGAUGAAGCUGCUGUUGGACAUGUACAAAGGGGUCUCGAAAGAGCAACGAGAUAAAGUCCAGCUGAUGGCUUCGGAGAAGAAAAAAUGCGCAGAAAUAGACGAUUUGAAGAAUCAAAUGAAAAAGUUGCAGGAGAGCAAGCGCGAAGAUCGGAAAAAGCUAGCGGACGAAGAAGCACUUAGGAAAAUUAAGCAGCUUGAAGAGCAAAAGUACGAACUUCAGAAGCAGGUUCAAAAUCAAAAGCAGCCCGACAGCGCGUGGAGCGGCGGCUACAGGCCGUUCGUAGGAUCCCAUGUAGAAGAGGAGGCUCUGCUGAACGAGAUGGAGGUGACCGGACAGGCUUUCGAAGACAUGCAGGAACAGAACUCCCGGUUGAUUCAGCAGCUGAGGGAGAAGGACGAUGCCAACUUCAAACUGAUGUCGGAUCGGAUCAAGGCGAACCAGAUGCACAAAUUACUGCGAGAGGAGAAGCAGGUGCUGGAAGAUCAGGUGACAACGCGCGACAGUCAGAUUGAAGCGAUGCACGUGGUUUUGCGUAAACUGGAAGAAAAGGAACGCAUUCUGCAGAACACGGUGACCACGAUCGAGAAAGAACUGGUUGCGCGUCAACAGGCAAUGGAAAUGCACAAACGCAAAGCCAUCGAAUCCGCCCAGUCGGCGGCAGAUUUGAAGCUUCAUCUCGAGAAAUAUCACGCCCAAAUGAAGGAAGCCCAACAGGUGGUGGCGGAGAAGACCAGCUCACUGGAGGCGGAAGCCUACAAAACCAAACGGCUGCAGGAAGAGUUAGCGCAGUUCAAGCGCAAGGCCGAACGCAUGAAGAAGAUGGAAAUGUCCGGAACUACGAUCGACGAGGUCAUGCUGGAGGAAAUCCGCGAGUACAAGGAAACGCUGACCUGUCCGUCGUGCAAAGUCAAACGCAAGGAUGCCGUGCUAUCCAAAUGUUUCCACGUGUUCUGCUACGAUUGCCUGCGCACCCGCUACGAGACGCGCCAGCGCAAGUGUCCCAAGUGCAAUUGUGCCUUCGGGGCCAACGACUAUCAUCGGCUGUAUUUGUCCACGUAAGAAAAAAACAAGGUCGAUCACAUACCUACCAGCUUUUUCGACAUACUUAUAAUUUAUGGAUCCGUUAGAGAUUUUAGGUUUUUGUUUACUUUUCAAGUACAUCAUGUUUCCCAUUUUGGAAUAGUUUCUCCACUAGAGUUUUGCUUUGAAUUGAUUCAUCGAAAUGUGUAAUGAAAAUUGUCGCCCUUAUUAUUGACGAUGAAAAUAUUAUCUCUUUUCUGAGGUACUUUCUUUUUUAAAUUUUUUAUUCAAACUCUGCCUCGGUUUUCGCAUUGAAGUUUGCAAAAACUGGAACACACUUGAACUACGUUUUUGUAGUUGUGACCGAUGUUAUUAAGCUUUUUAUAUCAUCCGUUUUUAGAGAUAUUGUAUGGUGCUUUGCUGAGAGUCAUUUCGAGUUAGUGUUUUAUUGUUCCACAGAAUGUAUUUCCAUUUCAUUUAAAUCCGUUAGUUUAGAGACAUUUCCACCUACAAAACAAUCGUUUACCUUCCUGUAGUAUCAAUGAUUUAAGGCAUAGUUUUUCUCAGAUAACUCUCAGCAAUGUAACGUACAGUCGUAAGUGAUAGCCCAACUAAUUCAAGCCUAGUGUAAUUUAGGAACCUUAUAAAAAUUUCCUAAAUGCAACAAAUGUAAUCGAUACGGAACCAUCUAUUCACAAAAUUGAGAAGAAAAUUCGACACGCAAGCAUUAAAUUACUCGAGCUCAUUAGGCUGCUGAAACUGUUUAUGUUUUAUGUGAAAGUCUAAGCAUUGACUUUUCCAAAACUCAAUAGAUAAAUUAAUCCAUAAAACGAAAGACUGUCGGUUGCAGAAA